CUAAGCUAACAGUUUGACAUGAAUAAGCAGUUCACUUGGAGAUGUGCUUUCAAAGAAGCCAGCUACUGUUUUGAAACGUUUGAUGAUGUUGGUUUUAAUUGUCCAUACAUGGCUGGCUAGCUAGUUACAUAAGUUAACUGUUUGUUUUGCACACAUUGCCAAGGAAGACCCAAGUGCUCGCAGCUAACGUUAGCUUGCUCUGAAUGGCAUAUAACAACGUUACUGUUAUGCUAACGUUAGCUUGCUCUGCGUGGCAUAUAACAACGUUACUGUUAUGCUAACGUUAGCUUGCUCUGCAUGGCAUAUAUCAACGUUACUGUUAUGCUAACGUUAGCUUGCUCUGCAUGGCAUAUAACAACGUUACUGUUAUGCUAACGUUAGCUCGCAAGUUACAGUACAGUAGGACCGAAGAUACUGCUGGUAGAACUAGCUAACGUUACUAGCUAGCUAGCAUCUUUCCUAAGGUGUAGCGGUGGUUCAGAUAGAAGACCAGGGAAGGUACAGGAAGUGACAGCCGUGGUUCAGAAAGAAGAUCAGGAAGUGACGGUACUUCCUUGUUGCCAUGGCGUCUGAGCUGCAGGAGGCGAUCUGCAUGGCCAAGCAGGAGCGUCACAAGAACCUGUUCCUCAACUACAGGAACCUGAACAACUUUCCGGCCGAGCUGCUGAAAGAUGAAGGACUACAGUUUCUACAGAGGCUUUAUAUGAAGAGGAACUCUCUCACCACGCUGCCGGAUAAUAUAGCACAGAAGCUCCCCAACUUAAUAGAGCUGUAUCUGCAUUCCAACAAUAUAACCUGUGUUCCUGAAGCUAUAGGUAACCUGUCCAGGCUGCAGUCUUUAGACCUGAGUGACAACGCUCUGCAAGUCAUCUGUCCGGAGAUCGGCAGGCUGAGGUCCUUACGACACCUGAGACUGGCCAACAACCAGCUGAAAUACCUGCCUCCAGAGAUUGGAGCCCUGUGUGACCUAGAGACCCUGGAUGUCAGUAGGAAUGUGUUGGUGCGUCUCCCAGAGCGGCUGCACCAGUGUCUGUCUCUCCAGUGUCUCACUGCUGACCGGAACAACCUGACCAGCUUCCCCAGACAGCUCUGCCAACUCCACAGCCUCAACGAGCUCAGUAUGGCUGCUAACCAACUCACCUCUCUACCCCUAGAUUUGGGUCGUUCCAGAGAGCUGCAGUUUGUGUUUGUUGACAACAACGUCCACCUCAAAGGCCUUCCUUCAUACCUGUACAACAAGGUGAUUGGCUGCAGUGGGUGUGGUCUGCCAGGGCAGGUGUCUGACCGGGUGCCCCAGCCUCUGUCUCUGGGAGAUGUGUCUCUCCCUUUGCCUGCUGAGGUGAAAGCUAUAGGCUCAGAGACGGAGCGAGUGGGCCCCCUGGAGGAGCUCGCCAUGAGGGCCCUGCACAGCAUGUACGGGCGACAGCCAAUCAGAGAGCGGAGUCUGCUGCCACCCUUCCUGUUACCCAGAAGCCUUUUGGACCUGCUCCAAUGCCCCCUGGGACAUUGUCACCGCUGCAGUCAGCCCAUGUUUACCAUCAUCUACCCCAAACUGUUCCCUCUCAGAGAGACCGCUCUGGCUGGGGUACACCGCAGAACCACAGUGAGUUUCGUGGCCUACUGCUGUUCCAGUCAGUGUGUUCAGACAUUUGAUCUGCAGCAAUGACAUCAUGGUGCCUCCACCUCUUCCUCUCCCCUUCGGUCAUCAUCUCCUCCUCUGGUCUCCUGGGUGAAUGAAUGAAGGAUGGAUGAAGGACUGUGGGAGUCCAGAACGUCUCAGGAGGACAUGCAGAGCCUCUGGACUGGUGGACAUGAGGAACUGAAGGUGUCAGGAGGACAUGCAUAGCCUCUGGACUGGUGGACAUGAGGAACUGAAGGUCUCCGGAGGACAUGCAUAGCCUCUGGACUGGUGGACAUGAGGAACUGAAGGUCUCAGGAGGACAUGCAGAGCCUCUGGACUGGUGGACAUGAGGAACUGAAGGUCUCAGGAGGACAUGCAGAGCCUCUGGACUGGUGGACAUGAGGAACUGAAGAUCUCAGGAGGACAUGCAUAGCCUCUGGACUGGUGGACAUGAGGAACUGAAGGUCUCAGGAGGACAUGCAUAGCCUCUGGACUGGUGGACAUGAGGAACUGAAGGUCUCAGGAGGACAUGCAUAGCCUCUGGACUGGUGGACAUGAGGAACUGAAGGUCUCAGGAGGACAUGCAGAGCCUCUGGACUGGUGGACAUGAGGAACUGAAGGUCUCAUUAGGACAUGCAGAGCCUCUGGACUGGUGGACAUGAGGAACUGAAGGUCUCAUUAGGACAUGCAGAGCCUCUGGACUGGUGGACAUGAGGAACUGAAGGUCUCAUUAGGACAUGCAGAGCCUCUGGACUGGUGGACAUGAGGAACUGAAGGUCUCAGGAGGACAUGCAGAGCCUCAGCAGCUUGUGAGCAGUCUGUAAUGGACACGGACGGUCCAAUUGAAAGACGGACAAUAUUGGUAUUAAUAAUCCACAUCUUGACAUAUCAUCUCCUGUCCAACGACUAACAUCUCUUAAUACAGCAUCGUUCUACUAA